GUGUCACCCGCCUCGGAGGGUCGGUGCCGCCGCCGGUAUCCCUUCCCGCCUCUGUUUGCGGAGGGCUGUGGGGCGCCCGGCCGUGCCUCCGCCGGCUGUCCCGGUCCCAACCCGCGGGGCUGGCGGCGGCCUGAGGGGGGAUAACCGACGGGAUCGAUGCGUUCGGCCAGCCGUACCGCGCGGGUCGAUGCCAUCGUCUCUCCGCUGGCGCUGUCUGCGGCGGCAGAGCCGGAAGUGGCGGCGGUUACCGGGAGGGUCUCUCUGUCUGUGAGGGCCGCCUGGGCCGCGCUCGGUGCUGUCGGUGGGGCUGGGGGAGCCGGGCGGCACGGCACAGCACGGCAGCUACCGCUGGGAAAGGCGUCGCACGCCGGGGCGGGCGUCGGUCGGUGUGUGCCGCUGGUGGCGCGGGGGGCUUUAGGUGAGGCAGCGGCGCGGGCCUGAGGCGGCCGGCGGCGGGCAGGGUCCCGCCGAACUGGGUCUGGUGCGGCGGUAAAGGGGGCCCGGACACGGAAGAUCUCUCGUUAAGCGCCUGUCACCUGGCUCGGGCGCGGCUGAGGCCUGUGACAGCUCCUCUCCGCUGCGCAGAUUUGGCAUAAACAACACUACAGAAAGAAAAUGACCCACUGGUUUCAUCGCAACCCUUUGAAGGCCACAGCUCCCGUUUCAUUUAAUUAUUAUGGGGUAGCUACCACUCCAGCUGCAGCAAAGGUUUGCAAUGAUUUGAGGUUAUCUCGAACACGGCUGUUGGAGCUGUUUACAGACUCAAGCUGUAAUCCAGAAAUGAUGAAGAAUGCAACUGACUUGUACUUCUCGCUCUUGCAAGGUUUUAUCCUUUCACUGGAUGACUCUUCCCAAGAAUGCAAGUUGAGAUAUAUUCAGAAUUUUAAGUGGACAGACACAUUACAAGGACAAGUUCCAAGUGCCCAGCAGGAUGCAGUGUUUGAACUGGUUUCCAUGGGAUUUAAUGUAGCUCUGUGGUACACAAAAUAUGCAUCAAGACUUGCUGGAAAAGAGGACAUAACAGAAGAUGAAGCAAAAGAUGUUCACAGAAGCUUGAAGAUAGCAGCUGGGAUUUUUAAACACUUGAAGGAAAGUCACAUUCCAAAAUUGAUUACACCUGUAGAAAAAGGAAGAGAUUUAGAAGCUCGACUUAUAGACUCAUACAUCAUACAGUGCCAAGCUGAAGCUCAAGAAGUGACAAUUGCUCGGGCUAUUGAGCUGAAACACAAUCCAGGCCUAAUAGCUGCUCUUGCUUAUGAAACAGCUAACUUCUACCAAAAAGCUGAUCAAACAUUAUCCAGUUUGGAUCCAACCUAUGCAGGUAAAUGGAGGAAGUACUUAAACUUGAAGACCUGUUUCUAUAUGGCCUACGCAUACUGUUACCACGGUCAGACUCUGUUGGCAAGUGAUAAAUGUGGGGAAGCAAUCAGAUCUCUGCAGGAGUCAGAAAAAUUUUUUGCCAAGGCUGAAGCAUUGUGCAAAGAAUAUGGAGAAACCAAAGGGCCCGGGACCACUGCCAAACCUUCUGGACAUCUCUUCUUUAGGAAAUUAGGAAGUUUGAUUAAGAACACACUAGAAAAAUGCCAAAGAGAGAAUGGAUUCAUCUAUUUUCAGAAGGUGCCAGCAGAGGCUCCCCAGCUGGAACUGAAAGCAAACUAUGGCUUAGUAGAGCCUGUUCCUUUUGAAUUUCCUGCCUUGAACGCACACUGGACUCCUGAAACACUUGCAGCGUUUGAUCUCACCAAGAGGCCAAAGGAUGACACUGCUAAACCAAAACCAGAUGAAGAAGUAAAACCUCUGAAGGAACCUGAUAUAAAGCCUCAAAAAGACACUGGAUGCCAGAUUUCUUAAGUGCCAUAAGUGCUUUGAGUUCACUUCAAAACUAUUAAUUGGACUCUGGGGCUUUAGUUCUGAUCUCCCUUUUUCUGAUACUUCUUUUUCAAUUUAGAAGACUAAUUUAAUUUACUUUUUUUAUUAUGUGUCUAUCUUGCUUGAGAAUGUGGUGGAUUUCUAGGAGUUUAUUUAUAUCUGACUUAUUUUUGGUUUUAGUGGGAUAUCAUGGAAUGAGUGGGCUUAAAUGUUCCUAUUGUGCCUCUGGAGAGUUUCUUUUUGUGGGUUUAGUUUUUACCCACAAAUAGCAAAGGAAGUAUCAUGAUUGUAACACUUGAGGAUUUUUCCAUUAAAUUAUAUGCUAUAUAAUGUCAAAUUCGGCAAACAGAAGUUUGCAUAAAUGGUUAUAUUUAUUCAGAUUUUGUCAUUCAGGGUUAACACCUUGUUAUGUUCCAAUUCAUUUAACUGUAGUUAGGGAAGAAAAUCUGGGUUUGGUUUUUAACACCCCCAUGGUAUUUCACAGAACUUGGUAAACCUUAAGUUCUGUGUAACUGGAGCACAAUUUAUAUUCUUCUGAAAUGAUUAGUCUCUGUCCUUUCCUCUAUAGAUUAGGUUUUUUGUAUCAGAAUUUGUAGGAAGGUACUUUAGCUUAGAUACUUAAAUUUAGUAUCAAAGUGCAUGUGAAGGUGAUGCAGCAAGUAGUAUGAAAGUGCUCAAAAGUAAUGCAUCAUGGGGUCGUUCAUUCAAGGUUUUUGAAUCUUGAUAGAUUUGGUAAGUUUGAAAGCUGCAAAUAGUUAAAAUCUUCUGGCACUAGAAAAGCUCCUCUUGAAUUCCUAAAGCUGUCAUGGAAUUGUAAUUGUACAGUAGAAUUGUACUGAAGAUGUGAUGUUUCCAUCUGGUAGUGUCUCUGAGAUGCUCUUAGGAGAACAGGGAGGAAAGAGAAGCUGAAGAGCCGGUGGCACAACUGGGAAUCCAAGCACUACACUUCUUUUAUUCCAUAUGUAAACAGGGCUAUUUCUCAGCUUUUGCAGUAUGGCCCUGAAAUCAACUCCUCAUGAAGAGAACUUGCCAAAAGCCAAGCCCAGUCAAGACUGAGAAAGAAACUAUUUUGUAGAACUUGCUUCUUCCAUUUUCCUACUGUUGAAAAUGUGGUAACGUCUUUAGUGCUGAGCACAGCAAAACACCUGUGUCCACAAAAACAGCUUUCUGAUUUUCUGCAAAUGCAAAAAAAAUACGAUGCAUGCGUUGAAGCGAAGGCCUUGCAGUCUCUGCACAUCACCUUACCUGAGAAAGAAACUGAACAGCCUGAAGAUGGUCCCAAUUCAACAAAACACGAUGGCGUAUGCAGUUAUUCCACGUGUACUGUAAGCACUCUCCUCACUGUGUACUGUUUGGAUCCCUUCAUCUUCCACUGCGGCGUGACUCGGUGCUUCUGUUUGAAAUCUUUCAUGGGACUUCAGUAACUUGGCCUAGAGGGCAGGUCCGUGGCUCCUUGAAGGAGCUAAUAGGAAACUCCAGACUCUUCCUGAGUCACCAGACCAAACUACAGAAUUCCUUGCUGCAAAAGGCAAAGAGGCCCUUAAUGCUGGCUGUUGGGCAUGAAUCAAAUGCGGACCUCAUUGAUGGAUUUUUCUUUCGGCAGGUUCUGCACACAAAGAUAAGUGUAAAAUCAGCUGAAUUUCUUUCAAAGACGUUUCUGUUCUCAAGGGCUCAGGUGGUUAGAGGAUAAUGAGGAACAAGAAGAAUUUCUAUCCAAAAUUGGUCCAUUUCUUCUGAUACUGCACAGGGGCCUGGGGUAUGUUUUAUGAAGAGUUACUCAGAUCUGUUCAUGACUUGCUCAGCUGACUUUUUAGACUUUUUGCAUUGUUAAAAAACCAUCUUAGGUUUUGCCAGAAUGGAGCGUGGAGCUGCUUUGCUUAUAGAGAUUUUCAUUCUAAAAACUUACUGCAGCCGUAGUAAUCUACAUUUGCUUAGCCUGCCCCCUCUAAGGACCAAGAUGCAGUUAACUCAGUUUCGUAAUCAGGAUUUCUUUAGUUACUCAUUGUUUUUCCGAUGCCUGUCUGUAUUAAUCCAUACACGUCUCAACCUAAUUGAUUUUCUUUUUGUGCAAACUAGAUUCUGCUUUCCCUCUUCCGCUCGUUUUCCCUCCCACUGUGGCACAGACUCAGUCUCGUUUGCUGGUGCUGGUGUGGGUCCUGGGACUCAUUUCCAGUGAGGCUUUGGUCUGUCGUAUACUUCAGUAUAUGAAUAUCUUAAAACCAACAGAUCAUGACUAAAUCAUUCCCAAACAACUUCUUCGGAAAGAUUAUUUUGUUUGAAUCAAGUUGACUGUAAAUAGUUUGGGGUAUAACCAAGAGGAUUGUGUCAGAUUAUGGCAUUACUUAAGCCUAGCUCUGUAACCUCUUAGGCCGUAGCUGGUUCAGUAAAUAUGAUGUAGUAGUUUAAAAAUAGAGUAAUGGAACAAACUAAUUCACUUAACAUGUGUUGCUUUUCAAGACAAACGUUGUUUACUUGUAGCUAAAAUCCUAUGGCAAACUUCGGAUAGUUUUGCCCAAACCCAAGAAAUUAGAGACUGUUUAGUUUGCAGAAUGUAGAGAGCUGUGAGUCAACGAGCAGGGGGUUUGGGGUUUUGUUGGCUAGUAGCAAGAAUUACUGUAAAUAAUAUGUAGACUAACUGUCCAAUAUGCUUAAGAAUAUGGGUGAAUUGAUGGGGACUUUGAGUUAAUCUGGAACCUUAGCAGCCACGUUCUAUCUGUUACAAUUCCCUUUGGUAAUUUUUAAGAAUGAGGUAUUUUGAAUGGUGACUUUUUAAUACUCUAAUGCUGCAAGAGCCUGUUUUUGUGAUCUCACUCUGGUUUGAGAGGCUCUCAUGGCUAAACCUGCAAAUCUCGUUGGUGUAAAUAGUCUUUAAAAAUUUGUGCCCAGUCCAAACUAGGACAAAACUGCAGCUGAUUAAAGCAUGGAGUGCUGGGCCCUCUACUUUGUGCUUUUAAAAUUGCAGUGAUCGUGUUUAAUCUACUAUAAAACAAACCAUUAAGCUCUUUGUAAGAUUUCUAUUUAAAUACCUUUCUCCAUGUAUUUAAAUACACUCCCUCCUUGUUUCAUGCUCCCGGGUUUGCAGUAGUUACUCUCCAUCCCACGUGUGAUGCUCCUAGAACUGAGGGACUAAGUUUGACCCUUGGGUGCUGGUGUUUGCCUCCUGCUGGAUUGGGUAGAGGAGUUCUGCCCCUCAGCCUGAGGAGGACAUUUGGUCACUUAAGGGUUCAGCGUGGAUAUGUGGUGCGUCUGUGACGAUGGUAGCAGUUCAUACUGUAAGCAAGGAAACAGAUCCCUGUAUCUGUGUAGGAUAUAGCUAACUUUGCACUUUAGAAAUUCCUGAUUUUGCAAUUUCGGUACAAUACACUAUAGUUGUAAAUAUUCCUUCCUGUCAAUUUAAUUUUGUUGCACUGAUUUCAGUACUGUGCUACUGGUAAGAUUUUUAUGGGAAACAUUACUAAAAUGUAUUUUUAAUUGUCGUGUGUAUAAAACAAACUCGUGAAGCAUAUCUCUACCUUUAGUGCUGGGGGAACCCGAGAGGAGGCAGCGUUUCAUCUGCCUUCCAUGUCAAUUCAGAGAAAUGAGAAGUUUCUGUCUGUUGGCUGAGGGAUGACACAUUUCAUCCCAUCACUACAUCUGGUAUCUAAACUGAAGUUUCAGUAUUAACAUAAAUCCUGUUCAUGCCUAUUAAUUUUUCCUUUAAAAAAAAAUAUCUGUUUCUUAAGAUCAUUGCCAAAUUAUCUUAGCUCCAUAAGCUGCCUUCUUUUUUUCUUUUUCAUUUUUUUUUUUCUGUUAACUACCCCAGUUGAGUGAGCAAUAAAGCUCGGCGAAUGUGACUGGCAUGGAAAAGCCCCUGCAGCGGGUGUCUGUCUCCAGAUUUUGAGUAGCAGUAUAAAGGCCUUUCCACAAGGACCGUUGGUUUGGCUCAGAUCUGUCCCCACUGGUGAUCUCGAGUCUAACAAAUGUCCCGUGGUAACUGAGGGGGUGCUUGAAGGGCUUUUUAUGUAGGAAGGCCCACCUCCUUUGGUCUUGGUGCCUUUGUGGAUUACAAUCUUCUUGAAGCCAUCCUGUACUCUGAAUAAUCAAACUUCAGUGGAAUCAGCUCAGAUAAGAUUGCCCGAGCAGCCUUAUUUUGUGAAGACGGUCACCAUGCCAUCUUAAGCUUCAUAGUUUGAAAAUUUGUAUGUAACCACGAGUUUCAGAAUACCAUUUAAAAUAAACAACCUCAACA